AUGGUUCUUCAAUUUCUGCUUGAGAUUCUAAUCUUGUUAUCACUGCCAAUAAAGUCUAAUUGUACAUCCACCCACGGAAAUGAUUCCAUUUCGGAAAAAUCAUUUCCGAAUAAAUCGAAUCAGUCUAGUUCCUACAACCAGUUUGAUGCAGAUCGCAGUUCUGAUAAACCAUUCAUCAAGAGAACCAACUUGGAAUUUUCAAGAGAGAGGGAGCAAAAGAACUUCAGUACUGGCUUCCACUCUUGUCAGGCCAAAUUCCAUCGGCCGCCUCAGCAGAGUUUUAAAGCAUCUGGUCAAGAAGAUGGAGACCAGCGAUGCUCAUACACUAGUAGUGUUGACAAGAAUUACAAUAAUUAUUCCAAGGAAACGGCGCGUCAUAGCAUGACAGCAGGUCAAUUUCUCUCAAAAUCUUUAUUGACAUUACAAAUUUUUAAAUUGAAUUUUGUAGUUGUUGCAUGCGUUGGAAUUGUGAUUCUGCUUGUUGCAUGGAGGUGGCUACACAAAAUAAUAAAGAAGAGAAAGGACAGUAAGGUGAACACAAGUUUCUUUGAACAAAAUGGUGGCUUACUAUUAAAGCAAUUGUUAAAUUCUUGUGAUGCCAACGUUGAUGGAGCAUUCAAGCUCUUCACUUCAAUGGAGAUAGACAAGGCCACAGACCAUUUUAAUGUGAAAAGAAUUAUUGGUCAAGGAGGUCAAGGUACUGUUUACAAAGGAAUGUUAGUAGAUGGAAGGAUUAUUGCAGUAAAGAAGUCGAAUGUGAUUGAUGAAGGGAAAAUUGAAGAGUUCAUUAAUGAGGUUGUUAUUUUGGCUCAAAUUAACCAUAGAAAUGUGGUUAAGCUGUUAGGGUGUUGUUUAGAGACUGAAGUUCCUUUACUGGUUUAUGAAUUCAUCCCCAAUGGAACCCUUUCUCAGUAUCUUCAUGAUCAAAAUGAAGAGUUUCUGCUUAAUUGGGAUACACGUUUACGAAUUGCAGUACAAGUUUCAAGUGCUCUUUCUUAUAUGCAUUCAGGUGCUUCCUUUUCCAUAUUCCAUCGCGACAUUAAGUCUACAAAUAUACUCUUGGAUAAUAAUUACACAGCAAAAGUAGCUGACUUUGGGGCAUCAAGAUCAAUAGCCAUCAAUAAAACACAUUGGAGCACAAUAGUAUUAGGGACUUUAGGAUACUUGGACCCAGAAUACUUUCAAUCGAGCCGAUUGACCAAUAAAAGUGAUGUUUAUAGUUUUGGAGUAGUCCUUGUAGAGCUUUUAACAGGGGAAAAACCAAUUUGUGUAGGAACGUCACAAGAAAAUAUAAGUUUGGCAGCUUAUUUCGUUCGUUGUAUGAAGGAGAAAUGUUUGUUUGAUAUUCUUGAUGCUCAAGUGAAGCAACAUGGAAAGAAGGAUGAGAUUAUGGUAUUUGCUAACCUUGCUAAAAGAUGCUUAAGCCAAAAUGGCAAGGAAAGACCUACAAUGAAAGAAAUUGUAAUAGAGUUGGAGGGGAUUCAGUUAUCGAAAAAGAAGAAAGUGCCAUUCAGAUCAGCAGUUUUAACGAGGUUCAGCAAAGGGAGGUCGAUGAAGUCAUGAAGGUUUCUAAUUUAUUUGCGUUCUUCUUUCAACAAUGUUGCUUUUCCUGUUAAUUACAA